AUGUACAAUGAAGUCCUGCCGACGGUUUUUGCAGGAAGUGAUUCGACCAUGGACAUGAAAAACUGGUUGGUUAUUGCUGUCUUACUUGUGAUCUACAAACCAAUCGGCAUAUCAGCAGACUGCCCAACAGAGUGUCGCUGUAAUUCCACUAUAUUUACAGUUGAUUGCUCAAAGUCAAAUCUCACUGAAGUCCCCAGUGAUAUUCCAAUCGACACGGAAGUACUGGAUUUACACGAGAAUUUAAUAGAGAUUAUAACCAAUGAUUCGUUUAUUGGUUUAGCUAACCUGACUUUACUGCGAUUAGAUGACAAUAAGAUUCACACAGUGGAGCAAAGUGCAUUUCUAGAUUUGGAAAAGUUGGAAGAUUUAGAUUUAUCACAAAAUGAUCUUACCUCGCUAAACUAUGAGAUGUUUGAAGGGUUAGAUUCGCUGAUGAACCUUAUACUUUCCAAGAACAACAUUGCUUCAAUUGAAAAUGAAACAUUCAGCAGUUGCAACAAACUGAUAGAACUUAGAUUGGAUAACAACCAGUUAACAACCUUUACCAACAAAAUGUUCGAUGGUUUAGUUAAACUAGAAGAGUUACGGUUAUCAAACAACAAACUUUCCGGAAGUGUAAAUGGAAACUCCUUCAUUGAUUUGAAGAGUCUUCAAAAGCUUUAUUUAGAUUUCAAUAAGUUUAGUACCAUCAAACCGGGUGCAUUCAACGGAUUGGAAGAAUUGACUGAUUUAGACUUAACGCUAAAUGAACUAACACAGCUGACAGACGAUUCCUUUAAAGGUCUAUCUGCAAUACAAAAUAUAAUUCUAAGUAAGAAUCGAAUAGAAACCAUCAACAGAAACACGUUCGUCCCAUGCCAGGAGAUGAUAAAACUGGACAUGGCGUCGAAUAGAAUAUACACGACCGAACCUUUCCAAGAACUGGCAAAACUGGAAAUUCUGGACCUUUCAAGUAAUAGAUUAAACGAAUUAUCAGUAGAUUCAUUCAAGGGGUUGAACAAAUUGAAAAUUCUUCAACUCAGAUUGAACCAAAUUGGUGUUGUUGAGGAGGGAGCUUUCAACGAUCUGCAAAAUGUUCAGCAUCUGACGUUAUCCUCCAAUAAGCUGAUGUUCAUUGAUGAAAACACGCUCACGGGACUUAAAAAUGUCGAAUCUGCUCAUUUUGGGAAUAACCAGAUUGAUCGAAUUGGUAAAAAUGUCUUUCGUGAAUGCUGUUCAAAUACUACAAAUCUUGACCUGUACAAUAACAUUAUUGGAGUAAUUGAUCCCGAAUCUUACAACAACCUGACGAAAUUAGUGAACUUGGAUUUUCACGGCAACCAGAUCAAAACAAUUCCAGGAGAACUGUUCCACGUCUUACCUUCCCUGAAUUACCUUGUGGUUACCGAGAACCCCCUUCACUGUGAUUGUGAUAUGAUUGCGUUUCGUGCUUGGACGGAAUGCCACAACCCAAACCUAGAACAUUAUUGUAGCACCCCAGAAGAAUACAACAAGACGGCAAUCAACUCGAUUCCUCUAUACGAGUUCGGCGACAUUUGUGAAUCAAGUUGCCAGGUUGAAUCAGAUUCGUUAUCUACUGGAGUCUGGAUUUGGAUCUGUGUCGGCACUUUUGUUGCUGGUGUACUGGUCACUAUCAUGAUAGGAUUGUUCGCACGGAGAAGGCGCACCAAAGGUUACGAAAGAAAUUAUUCAACAACAAGAUACCAGGAAGACAUGCCAAUCACUUAUAUCAUAUUGAAGAUGGUUGUAGUUUUAUUACUAAACGACUGUGUAGCUACACAACUACACGGCGUAAUCACCAUGAAUGUUGGUUACAGAACCGAGUCGACCAUGGACAUGAAAAACUGGUUGGUCAUUGCUGCCUUACUUGUGAUCUACAAACCAAUCAGCAUAUCAGCAACCUGCCCAACAGAGUGUCGCUGUAAUUCCACUAUAUUUGCAGUUGACUGCUCAAAGUCAAAUCUCACUGAAGUCCCCACUGAUAUUCCAAUCGACACGGAAGUACUGGAUUUACACGAAAAUUUAAUAGAGAUUAUAGCCAAUGAUUCGUUUAUUGGUUUAGCUAACUUGACUUUACUGCGAUUAGAUGACAAUAAGAUUCACACAGUGGAGCAAAAUGCAUUCCUAGAUUUGGAAAAGUUGGAAGAUUUAGAUUUAUCACAAAAUGAUCUUACCUCGCUAUACUAUGAGAUGUUUGAAGGGUUAGAUUCUCUUACUUACCUUAGGCUUUCCAAAAAUAACAUUAGUUCAAUUGAAAAUGAAACAUUCAACAGUUGCAACGAAAUGAUAGAACUUAGAUUGGAUUAUAAUCAGUUAACAACCUUUACCAUCAAAAUGUUCGAUGGUUUGGUUAAACUAGAAGAGUUACGUUUGUCAUACAACAAACUUUCCGGAAGUGUAAAUGGAAACUCCUUCAUUGAUUUAAAGAAUCUUCAAAAGCUUUAUGUAGAUUCCAAUAAGUUCAGUUCCAUCGAACCGAGUGCAUUCAACGGAUUGGAAAAAUUGAUUGUUUUAGACUUAACGCUAAAUGAACUAACACAGCUGACAGAUGAUUCCUUCGAAGGGCUAUUUUCAUUACAACGUCUAAUUCUAAGUAAGAAUAGAAUAGAGAUCAUCGACAAAAACACGUUCCUCUCAUGCCAGGAGUUGAUAAAACUGGAUCUGGCGUCAAAUCGAAUAAACACGACUGAGCCAUUCAAAGGAUUGGGAAAACUGGAAGAUCUAGACCUCAAUAAUAACCAAUUGAAAGAAUUACCAGCAAACUCAUUCCAAGGAUUGAACAAAUUAAUAUCACUCAGACUCAAUCGUAAUGAAAUAAGUAUUAUUCAGCAUGGAGCUUUCAAUGACCUGCAAAAAGUGAGAGGUCUGACAUUAUCAUUCAAUAAGCUGAUGUCCAUAUCUGAGAACAUGCUAAUCGGACUUGAAGAAGUUGAUGUCGCCCAUUUUGGGAGUAACCAAAUUGAUCAAAUUAGCAAAAAUGCUUUUCGUGGUUGUUGCUCAAAAGCUACAAAUCUCGAACUGUACAAUAACAUUAUUGAAGUAAUUGAUCCUGAAUCUUACUACAACCUGACUGAAUUAGUAAACAUGGAUUUUCACGGCAACUUGAUCAAAACAAUUCCAGGAGAACUGUUCCACGUCUUACCUUCCCUGAGUUACCUCGUGGUUACCAAGAACCCUCUCCACUGUGACUGUGACAUGAUCGAGUUCCGUGCUUGGACUGGAUGUCAUAACCCAAACCUAGAACAUUAUUGUAGCACCCCAGAAGAAUACAACAAGAGAGCAAUCAACUCGAUUCCACUUGACGAGUUCGGCGACAUCUGUGAAUCAAGUUGCCAGGUUGAUUCGGAUUCUAUAUCUACGGUUGUAUGGAUCUGGAUCGGUGUCGGCACUUUUGUUCUGGGUGUGCUGGUCACUAUCAUAAUAGGAAUGUUCGCGCGAAGAAAGCGUACCAAAGGAUACGUGAGAAAUUACGCAACAUGA